CCUCCUCGCCGCCACCAUGUUGAGCGCCACGGAGGCCCUCGCAUUCGAGCCCCUGGUGGACGUCACGCGGUUGCUGCUGCCUGGGGAGCGCCCGCAGGACCUCACGACCAUGCAUCCGCCCGACCUGCUGCGCCGGUGGUUCACCCUGCAGAUCGACGCCAGCGAGCCGUGGAAGUACGACACUACGAUGACGACCACGGGCGAGAACAUGGCUGACUGCCACGACCUCGACCGGCUGGUGGCGAGGCUGAUGCCGGACCUUGGCGCCGAGCUCGCCUCGGCGACGGAGGAGGCCCUGAGCCGCGAGGACCUCGUCGAGAGUAUCAUCUCGCGCGGCGCGCGCUGCGGGAGCGGCUUGGGCGCCCUGACCGCGGCGGACCUCGACGAGGGUCGGGAGAAGGAGGACUUCGUCAAUGCGUUCGUCGCUGGCCUCUUCCUCACGCGCCCCAACCUUGAGCCCUUGGAGCGCUCGGCCAUGCAGCGCCAUGUCGAGCUCCUCCGCCAGCUGGCGAACGCGGGGCGCCUGGCCGUGGAACAGGGGAUGCACGCGGGCAUGCCCUGCUUCGAUCGCUACGCGGCGCUGAUGAGCCGGAGGGGCAGCCUGCGGCUGCGCGCGGCCGUGCGCGAGUUGGCUGGCGCGCGCCAGCUGCUGGCCGACGUCGAGGGCGCGGUGCGGCGGCACGCCUGGCAGGCCCUGGCGCGGAGGGCCCAGGAGCAGAUGCUGGUACCGGGCACGCUGGGCGAAGACGUUGGCGAGGACGGCGUGCGGAGGGCCUUCCAGGAGUGCGUCAGUCCGGAGCUGUACUUGGCGCGGUUCCAGACGGAGCCCGUGACCGCGCUGGGCACGCGGGUCAGGAGACUGCUGCGCGACCGGGCAUCUUCACUCGCGGAGCUCUUCUGCUUCUACGGCCUGAAGGUGCUGGGGGGCAUCAGGAUGACCCUCGGCGGCAUCGCCCGGAUGUACGACGAGUGUUUCCUGAAUUGCCCGCGGCUGUGCCUGCCGCUCCGCGACGCGGAGGCCAUCUUCUACCAGGUGUUCCAGCAGUCCGGCCGCGCGGACACUGGUGAGGCGGGCCUCGACGAGCUCGGCUUCCUGCGUUGGCUCCUUCGGGCUGGGCUGCGGCGGGACACGGCGGAGGCUGAGGAGGACGACAAGGAGUGCAUCGCGUGGGCGCGCACCAGCGCGGAGAAGUGCUUGGAGUCUUUCUUCGACGAUUACUUAACAGCGCACGGUUGCCAGACGCCCCAAGACGAGUUGCAUAGAACGCUUUCGGACGCAGACGUCCGCGGCAUCCUCGAGAGCCACGAGCACUUGCUGCGGGGAGUGUUUGAGGCAUACGCAGGCGCGCCUGGUGGCGCCGCCGACCUCAGCCUCGGCACGCCCCGGGGCCGCUCGCCGCGACGGCCGCUGGGGCGCGGCUCGCCUGGGCGAUGCUCGGCGCCCGACGUCCUGCAGCCGCCGCCGCCCGCCGCCCGGCGCGCGACCUCUCCGGCGCCGCCGCCCACCUGGGCGGCUGCCACGGAGAGGCCGCCGGACGAGAUGCGGGAGGAGCAGUGGCUGCGGCUUCUCGGCGACGGGCAAGUGCUCAGGAGCCCGCUCGACGCUCAGGCGGGCAAGUCGAUCUUCAGGAGCAUAUCCAGGCGCGUGCAGCACCCUGGCGAGGCCUGCGCGGCGGGUUCGUGCCCGUGCAGCUCACGGACUGAGUGCCCACGUCAGGAGCACCAAGAGCCGGCUGACCCUGGCAGUCAAGUCGCGUCGGACGAUAGAGCCCAAGGCCAUCUCGCCCCCGACUCUACCCGUGCAGAGCGCGGUCUCUGAGAAGGCGCCGGCCCACACAGGCGCUCCGUCGUCGCGGUGGUCGUCGUGGCCGUCGUCGCUCGCCAAAAGCUG